AUGUCCUGGUAUAGCAAGCGAUCAUCACGUUGGUGGCAAGACUCGGAAAACGAAUGGCGGGAGAAGGGAGCCAAGGACUCUUCCGGUACCUCCGAGACGUGGAGCCAGUCGAGAGGGAAAGCUCGGAACGAAUGGGCGUCCAGGAACAAAGGUGACUGGAAAGGCCAGUCCGAGCGAUCUGAGUGGUCUCAGUGGUCCAAGGGUGAAUGGAGAGAAGGAGAGUGGAGCCGCUCGGACAAGGCGGAUUGGACCGGAGAAAAGUCGGAGAUUGAAAAAAGUCAAGGGCAGUGGGCCAAGACUGAGCCAAGGGUGGAGGUUCCACCAAAUCCAGCUGCCUCCUUGGAGGACGCAUUGGCAGAUGUCGAAAGGCUGCUGGGUGAAAGCUUGGGCUCCACACGAAAGUUGCUGGACGAGAGUCACAGCAGCUCCAAAGAGUCGGUUCACCUGGCAACACGUGCCCUGGAGCUUCUGACGAGGCAGACAGCUGAUCUCAAAGGUGAUGAGGAUUUGAAGAAUGCGAAGCAUGCGAAGAACGCCCUGCGUGAGUUGCUGAUGUGGCGCAACUUCGGAUCAAAGAUGUGGCUUCACAGCAAGCCAGAUCCCAUGAACUUCCAAAGAUAUGAUGCAGAGGUCCAGAAUGAAUUGAAGCAGACGUUUUCAAACAUUGAACAAAAGCUCAUGCAGGAGCUGAUCGCAGGAGAUUCUUGGUCAAAGUUGGCCAGGAAGUUGAGGUUUUGUGUGGGAAAUGAAGACUUUUCUGGUGAGAUGCGGGCCUUGCUCAGCCGCGUGGUCAAUGCCUGCGAGCGGACGAAGCGGUCCAGGCAGAAGAGAUGCGUGCAGGUUCCCAUGUCUGAGGCGGACGAAGUGGCAUUUGAGAUGAUGGCGGCAGAUGACGCCUUUGGGGAGCAGGUGAUCCGGGAUAUCCGGGCAGUACGUGCCCAAUUUCGGCAACCGGAAAUGGCGUUUGGAACCUAUCAAGCUGAGGGCCCAGCUUGGAUGCAGCACAUGUUGGGCUGGCCUAUUCCAGGGUCAGAUGCGAUUUCUCAAGCGUCGACCGCACCGGGACCACAGAGCUUGAAAGGAGGGAAGCUGAACAAUCCCUGGAGCGAGAAUUUUUGGAAGAGCACCAGCAGCUGCAUCAGGAGCAACGAGAACGAUGGAGCAGAACUGCUCCAGCCAAAGGUGGAUGAAAUCAAAAGCGACAUGGACAUCUUGAAAGAGCAGUUGUACGCCAACCACCAGGUCAGUUUCUCCGACUAUGAAAACCUCUUUGAGGAGCGGGAGAAGAUCGAUGAAGCGCGGGGAGACUUUGAGAAGGAACAGGUGGCAAAACAUCAGGAGUUGGUCCAGCGCGCACAGGAUUAUCUGGAGUACUUUUCAGAGACUUCGCGGAGACGGAUCGAUUUGAGCCAGAUUGAAGUCUUCCAGGAGCAGGAACAUGGAAUCACAUUGCGGUUGAUUGGAGGUCACCUCUUGGAGCUUCAGAUACCUCCAGAGUCCCGAGAAAAGUGGCUGGAUGCGCUGCAGCCACUGAUUAAGAGAAGCAAGGAUGAAGCUGUGUCAACUGAAGAUCCACCCCUGCCUGCCCCGCUUCAGCCGCCGACUCGAAGUCAGUUGGCCUCUGCCUCGCACCUGGCCACAUCAAUGGUGCGUGGAGCUGGGGCAACCACCAUCAAUGCAGCACGCACGGCGGUGCAUGCAGCAGUUGAUAGCACCAGUCCAACGGCUUCCCUGGGCGCAGUGCCUUUUGUGGAUGUGCUUUCCACCGGUGCUAUGGCUGUGCACGCAGCAGCGGAUGCGGCAGCUGCAGUUUCGCGUCGGCUCCAACGAGGGAACCAAAGGACACUGGAGUCACUGGAGAAGGAGCAAAUCCCGACCUCGUUUUAGUGAGGUGAGCGAGUUUGAGCCAGUUGAAGUGCUAGCUGAGCCUCACUGCUCGGUCUUGCAGUUGGAGAACUGGAG